AUGUACUCCGAACAAACAAUUUUUAUUAUUUCUCACAUAAUUGUUUCAGAGGCUUUGGAGGCCAACAUAGAGGCUGUCGACACGCAUAUGAACGGCAUGAAAAAGAUAAUCGACGCCGUAGGCGGGAUGGAUAUGCUUGAACAUGGAACGCUUGCAAUGCUCUAUAGCUGCCAAUAUUUGCGAGGCAUUAUGAGCAACUCUAUGCCAGUACUCGACAUGUGCGCGAAAUUCCAAAGCCGAGUCCUUAGAGAAUCUGCCUUCUUCAGGUCCAAGAACCGAUUUACGGAAAGCUCCUCUCUUGGUACUCGCUUCUUCACCGCUUCUUGGUCUAGGGACAUCCAGCCUACGUUCAAGUCAAUAAUAUCCUCAUACCAGCAACUUAUUUCUUACUAUGAAAGCUUUGCCAAUGUGGAUGUCGAACCAAUGUCGGUCGAGAACGACUGCUUACUGUUUCUCGGUUACCGAUUAAUAUCUCUACCAUAUGAGGUCUCACUCACUCCCUUCGAAGAGACCUUGCGACUCAGCAUCAUGACCUACAACAGUGUCCGAAUUUGGGCAUUGUAUGGAAUACCCUGCCUGGAACGUCUCGUAGACAUGCUGCGAAUAAGCCUGUUUACGAGUCUCUCCGCUCUUCAGAGUACCGCGCCUGACUUGCUCUUCUGGAUAUUUUUCGUUGGGAGUCUUGCGUCAAAGUCAAUGAAGCAUCAUUCAUGGUUUGUUGCACAUCUCACCGAUGUUGCAGACCAAUUGUCAUUACAAAAAUGGGAUCGUGCUGUCGGGCUGUUGGAGAAAUUCUUCUUUGUAUGUCGGCCUAGUGAUGAGCCGGCGAAGGAUUUAUGGCAGUCUACCUUCCGACCGGACCUUGUGAUUGUCCAGGAGAACCGGAAAUAA